CCAAAGGGCUGCUGAUAGGCAAACAACUGGAAAGUUUUCAUAUUCUAUUCAUGCCAAGAAAAGGUCAUGUAUAAGAGGAGGUUGCUGACCAAGAUCACAUAACCUGUCAAUUAACUUGAUGUCAUCAUAUAUAGCUGGCUAUCAAAUGUUAGAAGAAGAAAUGGAAGCCAUGAACACUUGGCUCUCCUUUCCUUCUCAGAGAAGUCUGGACCAAGAUCUCGCGAUUCGUCAGUUCUGUCCUGCCCGGAUUGAGCAAGAACAAGAAGAGUGGCAGGAGGAAACAUAUGUGAUUAAUGAGGCUGAACUAUGGCUUCCUUCUGAUGAUGUGAGUUCUGGAAUUCAGGCUUAUGAGGAGGAACUGUUUGUGGACAGCUUCUUCAACAAUGAAUAUUACAAUGAGUGCUUGAAUGGUGAACAAGAGGUGUUUGAGCAGUUUGAUGAUGAUCAUGAAGGUAUGACAAUGGCUAUUGAUUAUGAGUACCUUCCUGUGAUGGUUGAAGAUGAGUUGGUGAUGACUAAUUUCUGUGAAGAUGGCGGAUUAGUAGCAGAGGACGCGUGUAAUGAUGGGGUGGAUCAGGGGCUUCAUCUGGUGCAUUUGUUGUUAGCUUGUGCAGAGGCUGUAGGCUGCAGAGACACUCUUCAUGCACGCGCAAUGCUGAGCCAAAUCUGGACUUGUGUAAGCCCCUGGGGGGACUCGUUGCAGAGAGUCGCGUAUUGUUUUGCUAUGGGACUGGAUGCCAGAUUGUCGCUUCUGAAUCAUGUCAAGGCAAAUGGGAUACUGGAAAAUGGUUCAGGAGAUCAGUCGUUGAUCACGAAAGAAGAGAGACUGGAAGCUUUUUAUUUACUACACCAGACAACUCCCUACAUCAGUUUCGGGUUCAUGGCUGCAAAUGAUGCUAUCUGCGAAGCUGCAGAGGGGAAGGAUUUUCUUCAUAUAGUAGAUCUUGGAAUGGAACAUACGCUUCAAUGGCCUCAUUUGGUGAGAAAAUUGGCUGCUCGGUUAGGAGGGCCUCCGAAGCUAAUCAGAAUUACUGGCAUCAAUGAUCUCUGUGUGAAAGAAUAUCAGAUGCAAGAUACCAUUGUGGAAGCUGAAUCUCUGGGAAUUUCUGUUAAAUUCUGCAGGAUAGAUGAGGCCGUAACAGAAUCAUUACUAACUAAAGAAAACCUCGACAUCAGAGAAGGGGAAGCUUUGUUUGUAAAUAGUCUAAUGCAAUUGCACAAAUACGUCAAAGAAAGUAGAGGCUCCCUCAAGAUAAUUCUUCAAGCAAUCAAGAAACUAGAACCGACACUUCUUACAGUUGUGGAACAAGACGCAAACCUGAACGGACCUUUCUUUUUAGGAAGAUUCCUCGAAUCCCUGCACUACUAUUCAGCUGUAUUCGAUUCACUUGAGUCCAGUCUUCCUCGAAACAGCAUAGAGAGGAUGAAAAUUGAGAAGCUGUACUUUGCAGAGGAAAUAAGGAACAUCGUGGCAUAUGAAGGUGCAGAUAGAAUCCAGAGGUAUGAUCGGGCAGAUCAGUGGCGGAGGCAGCUCAGUCGAGCUGGUUUCCAGAGUGUCGGAUUCAGAAAUCCCAACCUGACAAACUUGUCGGUAUCUCUCUGUCAGAGCGAUGGAUAUACUCUAGCUACUGACAAAAAUUGUUUGCUACUUGGAUGGAGAGGGAGGCCUAUAAUGCUUGCAUCUGCAUGGCGAAUUCACAGUGUUUCAUCGUCUUAACAUAUCACGAAAGGGAUAUAAUAAAAUCGAUCACUGGAUCAUUGAAGAACUCAUUAGAAAAUGUUACAGAAGUGAACUUUCUCAUUUGAUUUCUACAUUUUGCAUACUUUCACAUUCUUUUCUCUGUUAGUUUGCUUCCACGUUGAUCAUCUGGGGUAAUAUUAUUUCUCUGUGAGUCAAGGAUUUAAAAAAAUUUCUCGCUCAAGCCAUU